GUAACCGACGAGCGUAGCGACAAAGACAGCGAGCCCGAAGUCUAUGGGGAAGGAAUAAAAAAAGAAAUUCAGUACCUUCACACUCCUAGCUAAAACACCAUCAUUUUUGGGAAGAAGUAACUGUCCCGAGUAUUAGCAAGUAUUUGAACGGCAGAGGGAAGCUUUAGGUCGGAGUCUCUGAGAGUCGUUGAAGAAAACCGUGGCAGCUGCGGGUUUUCCGUUGGACGCUGUAGCUCUGACUGUCGCGAGGAGCCGCCAUGGCCGUCGGAUCAGAGAGCCUCCAUAUCGGGAUAUGAAGAGGAGCUGCAUGUGGCUGAAAACGCCGAGGAAAGGCCUUCAUUUGCCUUGGGAAGUGCACUUUGAUUAUUUUUUUCUAAGGAGUCUUCCUUCGUUUUUGUAAAUCACAGCCCAAACUGAGGAGAAUAUUGACUGUGAUCCGGGGGGCUACAGGGAGAGGCGGAGGCCAGAUUCAUGACUAUUUUAGACGGAGACGUGUCUUCAAAGGCCUGCUGAAAGCUAACUGGGAAUACAACAAGUAUAAAUGAUGCUCUGACUGACUGUCGGUGGGAAAACGUGUUAUUGGGUGAAAGUAGGACCGUGGGACAGUGCCAGACUGAAGCCUUCUGCCUGGCAUCUUUGGUGUAUUACAGCAAUAUUCAUCCUCAGUCAUCCUUUUUGGAUGAGAAGGUUUGGCGAAAAGACCUGCCCAACCAUUUAGCAAGUCAUAGUCUCCAGGACUAGAGUGUCAGCCGGUUUGGAUCAUGUCGGGUCGGCCCAGGACCACAUCCUUCGCAGAGAGCUGCAAACCAGUGCCGCAGCCCUCUGCUUUCGGCAGCAUGAAAGUCAGCAGGGAUAAAGAUGGCAGUAAAGUAACAACAGUGGUGGCGACCCCAGGCCAAGGCCCUGAUCGGCCACAGGAAGUGAGUUACACAGACACCAAAGUCAUCGGCAAUGGCUCGUUCGGAGUGGUCUACCAGGCCAAGCUGUGUGACUCUGGAGAGAUGGUGGCCAUCAAGAAAGUCCUGCAAGACAAGAGAUUUAAGAAUCGCGAACUGCAGAUCAUGAGAAAGUUGGACCACUGCAACAUAGUGCGCCUCCGCUACUUCUUCUACUCCAGUGGAGACAAGAAAGAUGAAGUCUACCUGAAUCUGGUCCUGGACUAUGUUCCCGAGACGGUGUACAGAGUGGCCAGACACUACAGCCGAGCCAAACAGACCUUGCCCAUGGUUUAUGUGAAGUUGUACAUGUACCAGCUGUUCAGGAGCCUGGCCUACAUCCACUCAUUUGGGAUCUGCCAUCGGGACAUCAAACCCCAGAAUCUGCUGCUUGACCCCGAGACCGCUGUGCUCAAGCUCUGUGACUUUGGCAGUGCCAAGCAGCUGGUUCGCGGAGAACCCAACGUGUCAUACAUCUGCUCUCGCUAUUACCGGGCGCCGGAGCUCAUCUUUGGUGCCACUGAUUACACUUCAAGCAUAGAUGUCUGGUCAGCUGGUUGCGUGCUGGCAGAGCUGUUGCUAGGACAACCUAUUUUUCCUGGUGACAGCGGUGUGGAUCAGUUGGUUGAAAUUAUAAAGGUUCUGGGUACUCCAACUCGAGAGCAAAUCCGUGAAAUGAACCCCAACUACACUGAGUUCAAGUUCCCCCAGAUAAAGGCACAUCCUUGGACUAAGGUGGGUCAAAAAGUGUUUCGGCCACGCACACCCCCAGAGGCGAUCGCCCUGUGCUCGCGCCUGCUGGAGUACACGCCCACCGCCCGCCUCACCCCUCUAGAGGCCUGUGCACACUCUUUCUUUGAUGAGCUGCGUGACCCCAAUGUCAAACUGCCCAAUGGGAGAGAGAAGCCAUCCCUCUUCAAUUUUACCACUCAAGAGUUGUCCAGUAAUCCCUCAUUGGCCUCCAUACUCAUCCCUGCUCACGCCCGCAGUCAGGCUGCAGCCUCCACUCCCACCAAUGCCUCUGCUACCACAGAUGGUAGCAACACGGAGCGAGGACCCACCACCACUACGGCCUCCGCCUCAGCCUCUAACUCCACCUCCUGAGCCCUGGGUGCUACGCCGCCGGCCUCUCCAUUGCCCCAGGCCAGGGGGGCGUCAGUAGCCGAACCUUGCUGAGACAGUUUCGGGGUCAGCAGCUAGCCACAGCCCCCGUGCCACAGCCACAAACCAAACAAACCCCUCUUCUUCAUCCAGACUCUUCAUCGUCCCGUCAGUCUCUGUGCCCUGUCAGUGGAAACCCAUGUGCCAGAGAUAUAAUGUAAUCACAGCGCUAGCCUGCUAAUGUUCUUAAGAGGACAAUCUAUAGGAAAAAAAGCUCUAAACCUUUGGCCCGCUCUUACAGUGUUGAAUUUUUAUGCAUCCUCUGCCCCCCCACCCCCAGUCCCCUGGCCACCCUGCCCCUCUCGGUUCCCCCUGUAGUGCAUGACCUGAAUACGGUUAGGACCACUCACUCUCCACCUCCAGUUUCUGCAGACAAAGGCAUGAGGCACGCGUUUUCACACCCAUCCCAACAGUCACCACCCGGAUGCAUGACAAGCUGAUGUUUGAGAGACGCAAGCAGGGGUCACAUUUGGACAGGUUACUUCUUUUCUUUGUUUUUGCCUGGGGUUGUUUUUAAUGAUCCGCAAAUCGUUUUUAUUUUAGUAUAUUUUCUAUUACCCAGGCGGUCGGAUUGCUAUGGAUGUGACUUGUAUCUGGUCCUGUGUGCUUGUAUAUUCUAUACAUACAAUACGAAAACAUGCAUACAUACACAGUUUAUAUAUUACUUUUCCUUAUGUAAAAAAGGUAUAUAUAGAUAUAUGUAUAUUAACUACAAUGGUUCAGAAAUCAUUUAUGGUGAGCUCAUAUCUGGCAGAGCAGCGGCAAUAUUUGUGGCUGCUUAAAGACUAUGGAAGUAGAUUAUAUGCUAUUUAGUUUUCCUUCUUUGGCUGGAGUGCAGUUAAUUCCAGCACAAUUUUUUCUCUGUAAAAGUAUAGAUGGUUUUAGGGUACUGCUCUAUGUCCCCUUUGUGCUCCGAUUCUUAAGUGUUUCUAUUGCAGCACAUCUUUCCUCCUCUUUCUCUAGUUGUCUUCAGAUGUUUGUUUUUUUUCUUGUUAUGGGAGUCUCUGUCAAUUCUGUAUUUGACCAGAGCGACGCCUAGCGUGUUGUAACCACUGACUGAAACAUUACCCAAGCCUUCUUUUUUCUCCUUCCACGUGCCGCACAGAGCCACCUGGUACAGUCUGCCUUGCUUCUUAUUUAAAGAGAUACUCCCAUUGGAAACUACAAAAACAUCUGAAUUUGUAUAUACAGUAUAAAUGCUCCUCUCAAAGUCUGACUUGUAUGUUUUUUUUAUGUUAUUUUUCCAUGUUGUGUUUUGAAGUAUGUAUAUAUGCAGACCCAUGUACUGUUGAUGAGCAAAAACAAAGAUGACAAAGGUUAGGGAAUGGAAAAAAAGGUUUAAAAAAAACAGAAUCAGGGCAAAACUGAUGGAUACUGUAGAUGAUGAUGAGCUUUAUCCAGCCAUAUGUUCAAUCUUACCUGUACAGUACAGUAGGAACCGCUGUAUUAUUGUAACAAGAACUAGUCAUGUAUAGUGUAACUAUAGUUUGGAGUGCCUUUGCUUUCAUACACCUUCGCCUUGUUCACCCCAAGUCCCCCACUCGUUUUGUGACUCUCCCUUUGGUGCUGUUGAAUGUCCUGGCUUCAUCGGCAAAGCACUGUUGCACCUGAUGUUGUGCUCCCCUUUCCAUCUAAAUCUCCCCCUUUUUGUCAUUGCACAUUUUAUGUAAUAUACAGACAUUAAUAAUAAGGAAGCUGUCCUUAGUUGAAGAUGUUUAUUUUAAAAGAUGUUUUAUCUUGGACACGUGUGCACAAACCACCAUGAAGUGGCCAAGUGGAAGGGUGUUGUUUUUACAGAUGGCAACUGGGGUCCUUAAAGGCCUCAUUUACUGUAUAUAAUAUACAGUAGGUUCUGUAUUUCUCAGUGUUGGUUGCGUUACCAAAGCCAAACUAUGACAUAGUUGUGAUGAGCCAUCCUCAGAGGCAAUAACGUAUUCUGUUGUUUCUUGUUGCUCCUUGUUCCUUCUGUGUCACAUAUUUGGGGGGGAUUCAGUAGCACCUAAAGGGGUCAGAGUCAUGUAGCCUUUCUCCUGUUAAAACUGCUUGCUGUAAUUUUUGCAUUCAUGACACGUGUUACUAUCCUCCACCAAAAAGUUUGAUCACUUCUCUUUUUGCUCUAUUAAUAAUUGCCACAAUGGUUACCAAAAAAGAAAUGCAAGGACAUAAGCUGGUAACAUAUGUCUGUCAAAAUGAAGCAUAUGUGUAACCUGCUAACUGGGUUUAUCUGAGGUUAAAUAAAAGAAAAACAGAAAAAGAUACAACCAUCUUGUAUAACAGUAAUACUACUUGAAUGCCUAUGUUUGUGACUGAUUUUUUAAUUUCCUUUUUGUUUUGUUCUUUUAUUUUUGUUCUGUGAAGGUAUGCUAAAUGUGCGCCUCUGUAAAUAUUCCCUCUGCGUGCUCUGAGGAAUAGUUCCCUGGUACUGUAAUUUGCAUUAAAUAAAGAGUAGGAUAGCCUGGAAAU